UAACACCAGUCUCCAGUGUCCUCAACACAGAAUGUGGACCUUGCACCAGGUUCUUCAUGGUAUUAAUUAUACACUGUAGAGGAAAAAGUAGACGUUUUAAAUUAGUGAGGUUUAAAUUCAACAACAGCAACAUACUAAAAUCAACAACAUACUAAAGUUAAUAUGAAGCCUCUUAGACUAGAACAGGAAGAGAAAGGGGCAGAGCUUUCAUACUGAGCCAGCGAGUGCAGUGAAAGUGUAAGGAGUUCAGCUUGAGUUGCUCUAAAGCAAAAGAUCAAGAAAAGCCUAAGGAGAAGUAACAAAGGUGUUUCUUCAAGGUUCUGGAAUCUUUGGGGGAUGUCUGAAGAGUCAGGGGGUGCCUCUGCAUCUAGGAAUGAAAAGCCAAAUAUAAAGUGUUUGGUUUAUACAACUGGAAAAACACUGGGUUCCCACAACAACUUCAUAGAUUGUCUUAAACAACAAGUUCACCUGCAGGAGGUGUCUACAGAGGAUGAGUGUGAUUUCAUUCUGUGUUUCUGCCCGAUUGUGUUACGAGCUGGAACUGACAUUGAAGCAGCAAUGAAAAAGCUGCACAAUAUUCCAGACACCAAGCCUGUAGUCCUGGUGGUGCUCCAUCACACGUUUAAUCCAGAGUGUGUUGUAUCAGACAGCAGCAGAUCUGUAAACAGAGAGAAUAUGAUCACAGUCGACUGUCUGUUCUAUGAAGAUUCUGGAUUACUGCAGUGUCAGAAGAAUAAUGAAGCAGUGACCAAAACUUUACAAUAUCUGGAGAAAAAACUUCAUAUAAUACUGAAAGGGCAAGUGGAAGGUGAAAGGUCAGAACCGAGAAAGAGUGCAAGAAGCAAUGAAGCGAAAGAUGAAGGAAAUAAAGAUAUAAAUAUGACACAUAUGAUACAGAGUAAUGAGGCACAGGAAAGCAAAAAUACUCCACAUAAGAGAAAUCACCAACUAAACCAAAAAGACAUUUUUGAGAAAAUUGUGAAAAGACUUGAGAUGCAGAAAAUAUUAGUUAAGGAAAAUGAAGAGGAUUUAAAGGAUUUACAAGCAUGUUUUAACACUGAGCUGCAGAACAAGAACGAGCAACUACAGGAGAUGAUGAACGUAGUGGAGCAACAGAAAAGUGACAUAGCAGAAAAAAACAAAGAGCUUGAAGAGAAAGAGAGUCUUCUAACUGAGAGAGAGACACAGCUUCAGGAGAAAGACAGACUUCUGACAGAAAAUACACAAAAACUUCAGAUGAUGGAGAAGACACUGGAAGACAAGGAGAAACAGCUCAGAGAGAUAGAAGAAGAACUGGGAAUAACACAUAAGAAAGUGAGACAACUGGAGAGUGACCUGAUGGAAAAAGAUGAAGAAAUUCAGAAGAAAGACAGACUUCUGGAUGAAACUGCACAAAAACUGCAGAUGAAGGAUGAGACCCUGGAACAGAAGGGCACACAGUUCAAACAGGAGACAGAGCAAGAAGAAGAACGUCCAAACCAAGGGAUUGCAGAAAUACAUGGUUCAAAAUCUUACUGAAAGUAGAGAGUAAAUCACGGGAAAAUAAAGACCAACAGAAGGAGAUUAAAAGAAAAUGAAAACACAGAUGAGAAAAACAAUGAAAAUCUCACCCAAGAAAAAGACACAUUAUCUAAAGAUACAAAUAGAGAAUUAGAGAAAAAUAUAUCUCCAUAUGAGCGACAUCAAGGUAGUUCAGAAGGACACACAGAUACAGAAAUCACAACCAAAAUUGGAGGAAACAAAGAAAAAUGUGGAGAAGAAUAAAGAAUUAAAUGGGAAAAAAGAGCAUCAGAAAGUCCAAGGCCCCCAGGUGAAACAGAAAGAAACA